AGGCUCCAGCGUUUUCUUCCCCCAUGCAUUUGGUUUUCAGCCAUGGGCGCCAGCCUGCCGCUGCCCAAGCCGGUGGAGUCCACAGUGGUGGAGCGCCAGGGCUCCGAUGACUUCUAUGUCGCCGUGGCAGAGAUGAAUGGCUGGCGCAACAGCAUGGAGGAUGCCCACCUCAUCCUGCUGCGCGAGACCUAUGGUGUUUUCGGGGUCUUCGAUGGUCACGGCGGAGGUGCCUGCUCCGAGUUCGUGGCCAAAAGGCUGGGUGAGGAGCUGGGAGCCAUGGGCUGCCCGGAAGCUGGCGAGAUGAAGAAGCUGUUCCACAAGGUGGACCAAGAAUUCCUAGACUCCGCUCAGACCAGCGGCUCCACGGCCACCAUGUGCGUGGUGCGCAAUGGGCCGGGCGCCAAGCGCCAGCUGCUGGUGGUCAACGCGGGGGACAGCCGGGUGCUGCUGGGGCGCCGGGAUGGUAGUAUCGUAGAUGGCGGAGGCACCGACAAAGGACUCACCACCGACCAUAAGCCCGACCACCCGGGCGAGAAGAGCCGCAUUGAGCGCUGCGGCGGGACGGUGGAGCUGGCAGAGGGGGGAGUGGCCCGGGUGAACGGCAACCUGGCCGUCAGCCGCGGCUUCGGAGACAAGGAGGAGAAGUCCACGGGCGGCCCGGGCCCCGAGGAGCGCCCGGUGACGGUAGACCCGGAGACGGGCACCUUUGAGUGUGACUCCUCUGACUUCCUUCUGCUCGUGUGUGAUGGAGUUUCCGAGGGCAACUUUCCCAACACAGAUGUGGUGAAGCUGGUCGCCUCCCUGCUACGGGAGGGCAAAGACCUGGGGGAGGCCGUCAAGGCGGUAUGUCACAAAGCCGUAGCCACGGACUCCAAAGACAACAUCACCUGCAUGGGUGUCUUGCUCUCGGGUGGAAGCUCAUCCUCGAAGCUGGAGUUUAACCCAGGACCUGUCACAUCUCUAGGCAACAAGGGCUUCCGCACCGCCUACUCCGCCGCGGCGGAGCGGGCUGGACUGUCCUUAGUGGAUGCCGUCAUGAAGCGCUACGACAUUGUGGAGAAGGAACUGAAGGCAAAUCCCAACGACUCGGCACUCAAAGAGGAGCUGGGCAAGCUGGGAGUGGCGCCGGCCGAAAACCGGAAGGAGUGGUUUCAGAAAUGGCUGGACGAGCUGCCAGAGGAGAACGCCGGGCCUGGCGGCAUGGACAUGGAGAUGUUGCAGAACAUGAUGGGAGGAAAAGGCGGCGGCAAGGGCCAGGGAAAGAGCAAAGGCUAUGGGGACGAGCCCAGUCCGGCCGAACCCGAAGAGGUGGAGAAGGAAGAGGACGGUUACACUUGGAGCCAAAAGGGCGAGGAGGUGCACGUGGCCUUCAAGCUGCCGCAGCCGGUGACCAAGAAGGACGUGAAGAUUGGUUUCAAGCAAGCGUCCAUCUCGGUGCUGGCCCUUGGCAAAAAUCUGCUUGAUGGAUCUUUGGGUGGCAAGGUGGACACGGACUGCUGCACCUGGUACCUGGUGAACGGAGGCACAGAGCUGAAUCUCACGCUCACCAAGCAGAAUGAGAAGGAGACUUGGCCGGGCUUGCUGAAAUGAGCUGCGAGGCCCAGGCGGCUGGAACGACCCGAGAUGCUCGAUAAAUGGCAGCGGAAGAAUACGUCGAAG